UAGGAUUUAAACAAAAGGCUCCCACUAAAAAUGAGUUGAAAUGGAAGAUGGUUUUGAACCUCAUGUGAAUUGAAUAAAUGUCACUUUAUUGUUUUCUCCCCACAACUGCAAUCUGUCUGUUCCUCAAUAUUUGCAUUAUUAAAUCCUGGACCAUUUUGCUGGGCUAUAUCUGAAGCUGAGAGUUUUGAUUCUAGUUGCUUGAUGGUAUUCCAGCCAUAGAAUACAUUCUUUUUAAAGAAAAGCAACAUAGAGAAAUGUGUAAUUCAAGGGGAUAUGUUCUUUAUGAAAACAAGAUCAGCAAUUACUUAUGCUACUGGAAGAACUAAAGAACCAUUGAUGAUUUCGUUGAUAUGUUUCACAUGGUUCUCCUUUGGAGAGAAAAAAAUGCCUUGAAGAUCAAAUAACCUUUAUCAGAUAACUAGCUAUUUUGGAGUGUAUAAAUACUGGGAAACCACUGAAGGUCACCACACACCUGUACACUGAAACAAUCAGCAGUGAGGUGCCAUACCGAAUUUAAAAUAGUCAUGGCGAUGUUCGGGAAGGUCUUAGAGCCAGUAGGCUACAUGCAGACCAUGCGGGUCCUCGUCGAAGGCGUCUGCUCCUACCUGGGCGGGUCCGCCACCUCUGAGGAGACCGACUUGACGAAGAAGAACCUGGACUACAUCGACAAGGAGCUGGGCAGCGCCAGCCAGGGCCUUCUGAAGGACCAGGAGGUGCACCGCCUGGAGGACGACCUGGCCGUGGUCUACUACCAGCUGGGCGCGGCAGUCCGGGCACAGCCAGAGUUCACCAAGCGGGAGACGGAGGUGUUCCUCCAGUACGUCCAGGAACACCGCCUGGAGAGGCAGCUGACGGCCCUCCACAGCCGCCUCAUGGGCGUCUCUGCCCUGACCGACCAGCCCACGCUGCUGGAGGAGCUGGUGGAGAGAUGCAAGCCCAAACGCUGGGAGAUGAGAGACUUCUGCGUGAAGGUGAACUUUGUCCUUGGCACCGGUCUGCUGUGUCUCUUCACCCAGGCCUCCCUGACUGGCCGCGACCAGGCUCUGCUCACGAGGACCUGGUCGGACCGCAUGGGCGCCCUCUACAGGAAGAUGAAGAGCACCGGGGGCCGCUGCUCAGGCUACUUCCUGGAGCAGGCCGAGGAGGACGUGCGCCAGCAGUUGCUGGAGGCCCAGAGGAGCCGUGCCGCGCCUGAGGAGGCGGCCGCCAGCGUCCUCAAGACACUGGAGAAGAACUAUGAUUGGCUGCGCUGGGCGGUCAUGCUCCACCCGACCGUGGGGCCCUGGGAGGAUGGGAAGGAUGCCGAGCUGGGCCAGUUGCCAGAGAACUUCCUGUCUGUGGCUUUUGAGGCGCCCUGCCCACACGUGGUGGCGUGCUACCGGGACACGCCCACCUCACUUGACAAGAGCCGCAUCCACCAGCUGAUCGUGGACUUGGAGUGGAAGAUCCCCAACCCCCCUCCCGAGGUGUACGCCGCCAUCGAGGAGCACCCUGAGAAGGCAAGGCGCUACCUGGCUGCACGCAUGCUCACCAAGCUGAGGGAGGGGCUGGGCACAGGCGUGGCAGUGCACGUGGUGCCAGGCAAAAUGGAGAUGAAGUGUAACUUCCCCCCGGCUUCCUACUACCUGUACGAGUACAAGCACAGGCUGGCCUCAGGCACUGUGUGCGUGUUUGGAUAAGAGGAAGCAGAGAUAGAGCAGGGAGAGACCGCAAGGGAGAGGCUAGAGAG